AUGAUGCAGUGUUUCCACCUGUGGGACUGGGGUGAGCAUGGUGGCAUCGGCACCGGGGGCCUGGGCCGGCGGACGUGGCAGCGGCGCCGCUGGCGCGGAGAUCCGGACGCAGGGCAGAGGCGGGCAGCAAAGUUUGUGGCACGGCCCCGGCGGGGACUCCGGCCCGACGAUGCGUGCCACGGACCCGUCCUGCCCCUGUGUGCCUCCGUGUCUGUGCUGGGCGGCCUGACCUUUGGCUAUGAGCUGGCGGUCAUCUCGGGUGCUCUACUGCCACUGCAGCUUGCCUUCGGGCUGAGCUGCGCGGAACAGGAGCUCCUGGUGGGCAGUCUGCUCCUAGGCGCUCUGCUCGCCUCGCUGGUCGGGGGCUUCUUCAUUGACUGCUACGGCAGGAAGCAGGCCAUCCUUGGAGGCAACCUGGUGCUGCUGGCAGGGAGCCUGAGCCUAGGCCUGGCACGCUCCCUGGCCUGGCUGGUCCUGGGCCGCUCGGCGGUGGGUUUUGCCAUCUCCCUCUCCUCCAUGGCCUGCUGUAUCUAUGUGUCCGAACUGGUGGGGCCGCGGCAGCGGGGGGUUCUGGUGUCUCUCUAUGAAGCAGGUAUCACCGUGGGUAUCCUGCUCUCCUAUGCCCUCAACUAUGCCCUGGCUGGAGCCCCCUGGGGGUGGAGGCACAUGUUUGGCUGGGCCGUGGCACCCGCUCUCCUACAGUCCCUCAGCCUCCUCUUCCUCCCCGCUGCGGCUACAAAUGAGACCACAGCUCACAAAGCACUCAUCCCACUCCAAGGAAGGGAGGCCACCAAGCCGGAGCUGGGGAGGCCUCACUACUCCUGUCUGGACCUCUUCAGGGCACGGGAUAACAUGCGAGGCCGGACCGUAGUGGGGCUGGGGUUGGUGCUGUUCCAGCAGCUCACAGGCCAGCCCAACGUGCUAUACUACGCUUCCACCAUCUUCCACUCAGUCGGCUUCCGUGCAGGGUCUUCAGCUGUGUUGGCCUCUGUGGGGCUGGGCGUGGUGAAGGUGGUAGCGACCCUUGCUGCCAUGGGCCUGGUGGACCGUGCCGGCCGCAGGACCCUGCUGCUCGCUGGCUGUGCCCUCAUGGCCCUGUCGGUCAGCGGCAUAGGUUUUGUCAGCUUUGCCGUGCCCAUGGACUCGGGCCCAAGCUGCCUGGACAGGCCCAAUGCCAGCAGGCACACCAGCCUCCCUGAAGACUCAGACCUGCUCCAGGGUUCCGCUCCCCCUCCACUGCCAAGGACCAAGGAGGCAGAAAGGGAGUCAGUGCUGCUAAGGAUUGAGGAAACCAAGCUGGGAGCAGGUGCUGGGGACUCCACAGCCAAGCCCAUGCAGGCCGUGGGCACCGCCUCUCUGGCGCCCCCUGUCCCCGCCCCAGGGAGCGCACUGCUCCGCUGGGCGGCGCUGUUCUGCCUGAUGACCUUCGUGAGCGCCUUCUCGUUUGGAUUUGGACCGGUGACCUGGCUUGUCCUCAGCGAGAUCUACCCAGCCCAGAUCCGGGGCCGAGCCUUUGCCUUCUGCAGCAGUUUCAACUGGGCCACCAACCUCCUCAUCAGCCUCUCCUUCCUCCACCUCAUCGCUGCCAUCGGCUUGUCCUGGACCUUCCUGCUCUAUGGACUGACAGCUGUCCUCAGCUUGGGCUUCAUCUACGUAUUCGUUCCUGAGACAAAAGGCCAGUCAUUGGCAGAGAUAGACCAGCAGUUCCAGAAGAGACGGUUCACCCUGAGCUCCCGCCCCUGGCAGAACUCCACCAGCAUCCAGUACAGGCGCAUCGAGGCCCAUGUAGCCUCCUGA